ACGACCUCUUCACGCCGUGGCGGAAGAACAAAGAAGGGGUGAAGGCCCGCGUCCAGCGGGGCCGGUUCGUCGCCGACAAGCUGGACCAGAGCUUCAAGAUAAUCGAGGAGAAGGACCCGAGCUGUGAGUUGAAGCUGGAGAAGCGGUCCAGAUCCGAAGAGAAUCCGCAGUCCGCGAAGGGGGAGAUCAGCAUUCCGGGUGGACAGUCGGGCUCACAGUUGGAGUGGCCUCAAUCAUCGGCGCCGCCGUCGCUGAAGGCGCACAAGAAGGAGACGCUGAUGGAGAUGGCUGCGGAGGCUUUGUGUUCACUGGUGGCGAGAUUCGACUUGGACGAGGACGACGUGGACAUCAAAGCUCCGAAGGAGGUUGCAGACGCGCUGAGGGAGACCCUCAUGCCGUGGGUUAUGGUUGGAUGGCUGCCCUUGCAACGGGCUGGACUGAAUGCUCAAGAGCGUGCGGGAGCUCUAUCGCCCGCCAGGAACUCGCUGAACCUGAAGACCAUCGAGGGGGCGCUACGCGACCAGUGGGCAGACGUCGACCUCAAGGGGUACGACGACGAUUACGGGGCGCAGGGCUACGGCGAUGAGAACAGAGAGGGUGCCGACAACGAAGCCUACCUGAGCGAUGAGGCGGACGAGGACAUCGACGAGCUGGGCCUCGAGGGCCUGGACGUGAACGACCGCGCCGAGGCAGGGGCGGCAGUAGCCGUGAUUGCUGGCACGAGGAAGAAUGUAUGCACGCGGAAGAGGACGCUGGCACAGGCCCGCGCAGUCGUCAAGGAUAUAAUGCAGAGUCUCGGAUUAUAUCAGAAAAGCAAGGGUCGAUCAGCAGGAGGUAAGGGGCAAGGUCCACGCUUCGUCUGUGGCGGACCGCGCAACCGCGAGCACUGCUCGCGCGACGAGGUGAAGAACGCGGCGCGGCAGGUCGGCGCCACGGCGUUCAACUUCGGCAAACGGGGCGAUAGCCCGGACCACGAGAUCGCGCUGAGCAGCGAGACGGUGCCGCAGGACGAGGGCGCGACGGAGCUGGCGUUCACUUCGUUCGAGACAGCGUACCGCGCGACGCAGGGCGGCGCAGUCGAGCGCGCUCUGGCCGGGCUCGAGGACGAGACAGCAGGCUGCAUGGCGCUGGACUGCGGCGCGGCCAAGACGUUCGGAUCUAUCAGGGCGCCGGAGAGGGCCAUCGGGAAGCAGACGGUUGCAGGCGUGGACACCUGUGGCCGGACGGCUGACGCGACAGAUCGGCCGAGUUUUGAAUUCGCGAAUGGAGUUGCAAAGAAUUGCUCGAGCAGGGCGACGCUACCUCUCCGCGGUAAAGGACAGCUCGGGACAGUCGCCCUGUACGCUUUGAAAACGACGAACAAUUGCUACGUGCCGCUGCUGGGCUCUGCGGAUUGCCUUCGGCGCUCAGGGGCCAUCUUCGAUUUUGCCAUUGGAAUCGCCUGCUUCGCGAAGCUAGCGGUGGACAGGCAGGUCAUGCUCAGGAGAAUCUCGACAGGUCACCUCUGCGUCGACGUAGCCCAG